AUGACGGACGACCUGGAUGAUACCAAAAUCGAUGACGAUGACAGCGACAAGUUGAUCAUCGCGCUGGACUUUGGCACCACCUACAGUGGCGUGGCCUACGCAUUUACAUCCAAGCCAGAUUCAGUCUAUCUGGUGGAAGAAUGGCCCGGCGCCCCGGGUAAAGCAUAUCAGAAGUGCCCUACUCUGGUCAAGUACGACAGCAAAAAGGGCCUCCAAUGGGGCUGUGAGCUUGACCGGACAACAUCCGAGCGUAUAGAAGGGGUCAAACUCCUUCUUGACCCAGACCAAUCGAGACCAGUCUACGUCUCUCUCGUCAACACCGAGGCCGAGCUCAAGCGCUUGGGCAAGCCGGCGAUUGAAGUAGCGACCGACUAUAUCAGUGCGAUAUUCAAACAUGCAAAGCAACACAUCGCGGGCAAGUAUUCUCCCGACUAUCUGGAUAUGCUGCCAAAGAAAUACGUCCUGUCCGUUCCCGCAGUGUGGUCCGAGAAGGCUCAAAAGGCGACCUUGCAAGCGGCGAGAAAUGCGGGCAUCACGAACGUGGAGCUGGUCAAGGAGCCGGAAGCAGCCGCCCUCUACACGUUGCAUCACAUGAAGAACAAAGGUCUCGAAGUCGGCGAUGCUUUUGUCUUGUGUGAUGCCGGGGGUGGAACGGUGGAUCUGAUCUCGUACGAGAUCCUUCAAAUCCAGCCGCUUCAGGUCAAGGAGUUGGUAUCAGCUUCUGGUGGGAUUGCUGGGUCGCUGAUGUUGAACAAGAGGUUCGAAGAAUGGAUCAAGGAUGUGGUUGGCGAGCGAGCUUACCUCGAUCUCAAAGAAAAGGACGCGUAUCGCCGGGGUAUGAGGCACUUCGAUGAGACCAUCAAGCCGGGCUUUCAAUCCGCCGAGGACGAGGACCAAUACGUCAGCUUUCCGCGGGCCAAACUCGAGGACAACGAAGCCAAGGGGCUCAUCAAUGACACUCUUGUCGUCACAGGGAAGACACUGCACAAUCUGUUCGACCCAUUGUUCAAAGACAUUGACAAACUGGUCAAGGAGCAAGUCAAUGACGUGCGCAUCAAGCGCAUGAAGGACAACCAUCCGAAGGGAUAUCAGAUCAAGGCCAUUUUCCUUGUCGGCGGCUUCGGUUCCAGCAACUAUCUGUGCGAAUCCAUCAAGAGCGCCUACCCAGAUACCCAAGUCAUCCAGCCCAACGACGCUUGGUCAGCCAUCGUGCGAGGCGCCGUCAUGUUCCACCUGCCAUCAGAAGCCGAGGUGGUGUCCAGCAUUGCCCGCAAGCACUACGGCAUCUCUGCCCGCGCGCCCUACGACCCCAGCGAAGACGAAGGCCAGAGUAAGAUCUGGGACGACCAUGAGGAACGAUACCGCGUGCAGAAACUCACGUGGUACAUCACCCGUGGCGAUGACAUGUUGAGGUCUCGCAAGAUCGAAUUUCCCUUCUACCGCAGCUACGAGCCACAUCCGAGUGCGACUCAGUUGAAAUUCGACACUACGCUGUGGGAGUGUUCGCUGGACAAGCAGCCUCGACACCCGGGUCCUUCCGUGGUCAAGAACUGCACCAUCACCAGCGAUCUCUCCAAGGUGCCGGACGAGGCGUUUGAGAAACGCACAAAGGUGUCGUCCACCACCGGCGUCACUACCGAGUAUUGGCGCCUCCAUUUCUUGCUGUCCGUCGAGAUCCAGUCGGGGCCGAUGAAGUUCAGCCUGAUCUGCAAGGGCAAGAAUUAUGGCGAGGCUGAUGCCCAAUACUGA